AUGUUAUAUAAAACCAUAGUACUGGUGAGUGUUUCAGUGGCGGCGGCGGCUCCCCAGGAAGGGUACAACUACCAGGCUCCUACCGGCCAGGGGUCCCAGUUCUCGUCAGGGGCAGGCCAGUUCUCCGGUACCGGUUCUGGACAGUAUUCUGGAGAUGGACAGUUUGCUCCGGCGCAGUACAGCUUCCAGUGGGAUGUCAACAAUCAAGCCUAUGGCAACUUCUACGGCCACAAAGAACAGAGAGAAAACGAUUACACCGAGGGAAGUUACUACGUGCAGCUGCCCGACGGCCGCCGCCUCGUGGUCGAGUACUAUGCCGACAGCACCGGCUACCAUCCCACCAUCAGCUUUGAGGGAGAAGCCCAAUAUCCCUCCGGACAGGGUCAGUUUGGUCAAGGUCAGGGCGGAGGUCAAGGUCAGGGCGGUGGACCAGGUCAGUUUGGACCAGGUCAGGGCGGAGGUCAAGGUCAGGGUUACCCCCAGCCUGGUCCAGGUCCGAGCCCCGGAUUCCCUCAGCCGCCUUCACAAUCUUAUGGUCUCCCCUCAAACCAACCACUGGUAGAGAAUGGAAAAGUCUAA